AUGUCGACUGCCAUGUACUUGGAGCACUACCUGGGCAGUACUGAGCACCUUCCUUCUGAACUUCAGAGGAAUUUCCAGCUGAUGCAUGAGCAGAGGACAGAAGAUCAGAAAGCAGAGAUUGACAUCCUGGCCACGGAGUACAUCUCUACAGUGAAGACUCUGUCCCCAGAGCAGCGAGCAGAGAAUCUGCAGAAGAUCCAGUGUCUACAGCAAGUGCAAGGAGUAUAG